CCCACUGGAAGCCUAGAGACGCACUGAAAUAGCAAGACUGAGACGCCAAAAAGUCAUAGGAUUUAUUCAAGACAAGAUCAUCUGGGAACAUUGUGUAUUGAAACGAGCUUGGUUCAAAUGGCGGCGAUACGACCAGUGGUUUUUAUCCGCCCAAUAUGUCUCCCGAAGACAAAACAUUAUUUUCCUUUAUGGAUGAGACAGGUGGAGUAUCCGAAAGUGUUUCCGGGGGAUCCACCUGUACGUUGUUUCCUACCCCCGUUCUGGAUGAAAAUGAUGUAUCCUGGCCCAAAAAAUCCUCCUGACCAUGUUGUUUUCAAAGUUCAUCCACAGAUGACUGGGAAUGAUGUUCGACAGUAUUUGGAGAAAAUAUACAAAGUUCCGGUUGCAGAUGUACGAGUGAAGAUGGUUUAUCACGACUUGGAGCCAAUCGAUACGCAUCCAAAGGAGCGUAUGCAACGUUCAAUAGAUUCCACAGUUUUCCCUCCUAAGCCUGAGCGUUAUGAAAAGGUUGCGUACGUACGACUAGUAAGUUCUUUGAAGAUAACUCAAGCUUUUUAUCUACCGACGACAUGAUACAGAAGAUAAUUUGUAUAAAAUCAGUUUAACUUACCUUCAUUAUGGUGUUUGGCAGUUAACUGUGAAGAGUACGAAAUUUAUCCACUGCUGUUAUGUAUGUAGUUUCUUAGUCUAUAAUUGUGGUAAUUUAGAUUAGUAAAAAAUAAUCGUGGUGUACCUGAGCAAAGUUCACCACUAGUCUAUUCCCAGUUGCUGUGCAGUUAUUAAAAUAUUAUGAAGUCAAUGCAUACCUUUGGCUUAUAACUUUCAAAGUUUCCACUUGAAUUCUAAGUACAGUAAGUGUGUUGAAGACUUAGUGUAAACUGUACUGCAGAGAUAUGAGUAAAAUUUUUUAAUAGCGUUCUUCACUUUUACUUUGAGUUAUCUACCGUGUUAAGUAUAACUUUUUGAUUAAUCUACAGUAUUCAGUUGGCUUCCCACCUUUAGAUGUGUACACAUUAUUCAGUUUAGGAACUUCCGGUCGAAAGGAACAUUUCGUACAAUUUUUCUCUUGUAUCCUAAAUGCAAUGAAUAAUGG